AAAAAAAAAAAAGUCGCGGAACUCGAAAUCGCAUCGCAUUCCACCAGGACGCUAAUGGACGACGACACACUGACAUUGAGAACUGCGCUUGCCGUCAGACUCGGGGAUUGACUGUUUCUGCCAUCGCAUCGCCAACAUGGUAAAGUCCUAUCUCAAAUUCGAGCCUUCCAAGUCGUUCGGCCUCGUCGCAACCAGCACCUCGAAUCUCGUCUGGACCUCGGCCGCCAAGGACAAGUCGAGCACUGGCGCUGGCCAUGCCGUUGUCGCCGCCAAUGAGGAGGUGCUUGUGUGGCAUGUCAAGAAGGGCGAGCUCCUCAGCCGCUGGCGCGACGACAACUGCCGCGCCCAGGUGACCGCCAUCGCCCAGAGCCGCACCGACCCCGACCUGUUCGCCGUCGGCUACGACGACGGCAGCAUCCGCCUGUGGGACAGCAAGAUCGCCACCGCCGUCGUCAGCUUCAACGGCCACAAGUCGCCCAUCACCGUGCUGGCCUUCGACAAGACCGGCGUGCGUCUCGCCAGCGGCGCCAAGGACACCGAUGUCAUCGUCUGGGAUCUGAUUGCCGAGGUCGGCCAGUACAAGCUGCGCGGCCACAAGGACCAGGUCACCGGCCUGCGCUUCGUCGAGCCAGAGACCCACGUGCAGACAGAAGGCGGCGACGACCUGGCCAUGGUCGUCGACAGCGAGCCCGCCGACGGCUUCCUCCUCACAACCGGCAAGGACGCCCUGAUCAAGCUCUGGGACCUGUCGUCGCGCCACUGCAUCGAGACCCACGUGGCCCAGACCAACGGCGAGUGCUGGGCCCUAGGCGUGUCGCCCGACUCCAGCGGCUGUAUCACGGCUGGCAACGACGGCGAGAUGAAGGUGUGGGCUCUGGACAUCGCCGCCCUGUCCUCGUCGGCCCAGAAGGUCGACCUCUCCCAGACCGUCAAGUUCCUCCGGGACAGGGGAACGCUGCACCGCCAGAGCAAGGAGAGGGCCGUCGAGGUCACCUUCCAUCCCCGUCGCGACUAUUUCGCCGUGCACGGAAUCGAGAAGUCCGUCGAGGUCUGGAGGAUGCGGACCGAGACCGAGGUCAAGAAGACCCUGGCCAGGAAGCGGAGGAGGAGGAGAGAGAAACUUGCCGCCACCAAAGGAAAAAAGGCAGCAGAGGGGGACCUGGAUAUGGGGGACGGCAAAGACGAGGCUGACGACGUCAACGACGCCGAGAUAUCAGACGUGUUCACGCAGCACGUCAUAGUCCGAACUACUGGCAAAGUCCGCUCUGUCGACUGGGCCAUGAGCCAGGGGAAGAAGGACCUCAAACUGCUAGUCGGAGGCACCAACAACCUGAUCGAGCUUUACACCGUCGUUGGCAGGGAUAAGCUUAAGACAAAAACCGACGCCCCCGACUACAACCGGGCCCUGGCCGUCGACCUUCCCGGACACCGCACAGACAUCCGGUCCCUAGCCGUCAGCUCCGACGACAAGAUGCUGGCAUCUGCGGCCAACGGCUCGCUGAAGAUCUGGAAUAUCCGCACCCAGACAUGCAUCCGCACCUUUGAUUGCGGUUACGCCCUCUGCUGUGCUUUUCUGCCCGGCGACAAGGUGGUGGUGGUCGGGACGAAAGAGGGUGAGCUUCAGCUCUACGACGUAGCCUCGGCAACGUUGCUCGAGAGCGUCAACGCCCACGAGGGCAGCGCCAUCUGGGCCUUGCAGGUCCACCCAGACGGAAGGUCGGUCGUGUCAGGAGGCGCCGACAAGACGGCCAAGUUUUGGGAGUUCAGGAUCGUCCAAGAGCAGGUCUUGGGCACGACCAGGACAACGCCAAGACUCAAGCUCGUGCAGUCGAAGAUACUCAAGGUGUCCGACGACAUCCUCAGCCUACGCUUCUCUCCCGACUCCAAGCUCCUCGCUGUCGCCCUCCUCGACAGCACGGUAAAGGUCUUCUUCACCGACAGCUUGAAGCUGUACCUCAACCUCUACGGCCACAAACUCCCAGUCCUCAGCAUGGACAUUUCGUACGACAGCAAACUCAUCGUCACCAGCUCAGCAGACAAGAACAUUAGGAUAUGGGGCUUAGAUUUCGGUGACUGUCACAAGGCGCUGUUCGGACACCAGGACAGUGUCCUGCAGGUCGCCUUUGUGCCGCACAACUCGGACGGCAACGGGCACCACUUUUUCAGCGCCAGCAAGGACCGGACCAUCAAGUACUGGGACGCGGACAAGUUUGAGCAGAUCCAGCGCAUAGACGGCCACCACGGCGAGAUCUGGGCGCUGGCCGUCAGCCACCACGGCCGCUUCCUUGUCAGCGCCAGUCACGACAAGAGCAUCCGCGUGUGGGAGGAGACGGACGAGCAGAUCUUCCUCGAGGAGGAGCGCGAGAAGGAGAUUGAGGAGCUCUACGAGAACACGCUGACGACGUCGCUCGAGAACGACCCCGACACCGAGGACGCGGACCGCGAGGUGGGCGCGGCCAGCAAGCAGACGGUCGAGACGCUAAUGGCGGGCGAGCGCAUCGCCGAGGCGCUCACGCUCGGCAUGGAGGACCUCAACACGAUGCAGGAGUGGGAGGCAGCCAAGGUCAGCAACCCGCACCUGGCGCCGCCGCAGCGCCACACCAUCUUCGUGGCCCUCGGCAACAUCACCGCCGAGGUCUACGUCAUGAGCGUGCUGCAGCGCAUCAAGGCGUCGGCGCUGCACGACGCGCUGCUCGUGCUGCCCUUCGCCUCGGUGCCCAUGCUCUUCACCUUCCUUAACCUCUUCGCCCUGCGCUCGCUCAACAUCCCCCUCACGUGCCGCAUCCUCUUCUUCAUGCUCAAGACGCACCACCGCCAGAUCGUCGCCUCGCGCACCAUGCGCGCCAUGCUCGACGGCACCCGCGCAAAUAUCCGCGCCGCCCUCAAGCGCCAGAAGGACGAGAUGGGCUUCAACAUCGCCGCCCUCCGCGUUGUUGGUCUGCAGCUCCAGGACAUGAGCGUCAAGGAGUACGUCGACGACAAGUGGGACGCCGACGUCGAGGCCGCCAACGCCUCGGCCCUCCGCAAGCGCGCCUUUGUCCACGUGUCGUAGCAGCCCAGGCCAGGGCUGUUGGAUCUAAAUAUAAAAGGAAUGAAAUAAGAUGUUGGGAAAAUAAAAUAAAACAUCAUCUCUCUAUAUUUUUGUUGUUCGGUGUUCGUGUCGGUAGGUAGGUAUGUUAAAAUGGGUGGGCAUGGAAUGGAAUGGAAUGGAAUGGGUUCAUUGGUUUAUUUUUCCCGGAGCUGCGGUUUAAACAGAACCGAAAUAAAAUAAAACUAAAGU